UCUGGCUUUUUCUCCAUCGAUUUGCAUAAUCCAUUCCUUCUUCUUCUUCUCCAUCCCUUUUUCCCCUCUCUCAUUCUCCAAAUUACGAUUUCAAGGGCUCCUUCUCGAUCCUUGAUCAUCAUCACCGAUUCAAUUAAUCAGGAGGUACACAAUUUUUCGAAAUUUUUUUUUCUGGUAAAACCCUAAGUUAUGUACAGCAAUUUCAAGGAACAAGCGAUCGAGUACGUGAAGCAAGCGGUUCACGAAGACAAUGCUGGGAAUUACAACAAGGCGUUCCCUUUAUACAUGAACGCGCUUGAGUACUUCAAAACUCAUCUCAAGUAUGAGAAGAACCCUAAGAUCAGGGAAGCUAUUACCCAGAAAUUCACCGAGUAUCUCCGCCGUGCAGAGGAGAUCCGUGCUGUUCUCGAUGAAGGUGGAUCGGGUCCGGGAUCUAACGGAGACGCGGCGGUUGCGACGAGGCCGAAGACUAAGCCGAAGGAUGGAGAAGGCGGUGGUGGUAAAGAUGGUGAAGAUCCUGAGCAAUCGAAGCUUCGAGCUGGGUUGAACUCUGCGAUUGUUAGGGAGAAGCCUAACAUUAAGUGGUCAGAUGUUGCUGGGCUUGAAAGUGCUAAACAAGCUUUGCAGGAAGCUGUGAUUUUGCCUGUUAAGUUCCCACAGUUCUUCACAGGAAAGAGGCGGCCAUGGAGAGCUUUCCUCUUGUAUGGGCCACCAGGAACAGGAAAAUCGUAUUUGGCUAAGGCUGUUGCUACUGAAGCAGACUCUACCUUUUUCAGGUAACAUAUGUCUAAAAGUGU